GUGAAAGCGUGGUUGCCCAGCAACGACUACAACCCGAAGCCAAUAAGGACUUCCGUGAUUGGUUCUCACAGCGCACAGGCGGAAGGCGGGAGCGGCUCAGUCUGCGAUUUGCUGAUUGGCGGCGCAGGGCUCUUUCCUGUCAGCUGAUUGGCGCCGGGGUGGAGGCGGGAAGGACGGACGGGGAAGGGGUCGGGGUCGCUGUCGCCUGAGUUAUAAACCUGAAAUAAACUGAAUGAAAAAGUGGCAAUGUCCUCUGAUGUGUCAGAAUAUACUAUUGGGGGGGUGAAGAUCAUGUUCCCUUGCAAGGCUUACCCUUCGCAACUUGCUAUGAUGAAUGCUAUUAUUAAGGGUUUAAAUAACAGGCAACACUGUUUGUUGGAGAGCCCUACAGGAAGUGGGAAAAGCUUGGCAUUACUUUGUUCUGCAUUAUCAUGGCAGCAGUCUCAGUAUGAGAAACCACUGCUUACAUCGUCAUGUGAAAAGGAAGACAGAAAGCCAGAGACCUCACUGCUGUGUCGCUGCACGUGUCACUCCCACUGUAAGAGCAAUGAGGUGGCAACGAGUGUGAAUCAUGGUGCUUCUUCUAUUGCUAAUUGUGAAACGGGAAGUUCUGUAAAACCUGGAAGCCCUCUAACAAACACAGAAUGUAAGGAAAAUGAAACACUAGCUUCAAAAUUGUCUGCCAAAAAAAGGUUAUCGCUACGUGACAAUGAGAACGAUGAUUUUCAAGUAGACAGAAAAAGGAUUCGUCCUUUAGAAACUGAGCAGCAGGUUAGAAAACGUCAUUGUGUUGCAAAAGGAGUCCAGCUUGUUGAUGCUUUAGAAGUUUAUAAUCAGAGAAAAAAUGGAGAGCUGAUUGUUCACUCUGAGAAAAGUGCAAAACCCACCACUUUUUCUCCCAAACCAUCUUCCGGCCCUUGCACUGAGUGUUCCUGUUCUUCUGGAAAAGAAAGUGAUAAAGAUGCUAGUAACAGGAAGAAGAAAGAAAAUGGAGAUCAGCCUUUCAUUCCCAAAAUAUUUUUUGGAACACGAACACACAAGCAAAUAUCCCAGAUCACCAGAGAGUUGAAGAGAACAGCGUAUUCCAGUGUCCCCAUGACAAUUCUUUCUAGCCGGGAUUAUACCUGUAUUCAUCCAACGGUAUCUAAUAGUGGCAGUAACAGGAAUGAAAUGUGUGUAGAGUUGCUGGAAGGAAAGCAUGGCAAGUCCUGUCUUUACUAUCAUGGUGUUCAUAAACUCAGUGAACACCAUGCACUACAGUCUGCACACAGAGUGUAUCAGGCUUGGGACAUUGAAGAUCUAGUGAGCCUGGGAAAGAAGCUUCGUGCCUGUGCGUAUUUUGCAGCCAGAGAACUCAUGGUGGGCGCAGAUAUUGUAUUUUGUCCUUAUAAUUAUCUUCUGGACCCACAGAUACGGGAGAGUAUGGAUAUUAACCUAAAAGGCCAAGUAGUCAUUUUAGAUGAAGCCCAUAAUAUUGAGGACUGUGCUCGCGAAUCAGUGAGCUUCGGUGUUACGGAAAGUCAACUAAAAGCCGCUCGAGAAGAGCUAGACUUAAUGGUCAACAGCAACAUCAGACAGAAGGAUCAUGAGCCCCUACAGGCUGUGUGCUGCUCUCUGACAAACUGGUUAAAGGAGAGCUCUAGUCAACUGGUAGAAAGAGGGUAUGAAACUGCUUUUAAGGUUUGGAGUGGAAAGGAGAUGCUCACAAUUUUGCACCAAAUGGGAAUAACUGAUACUACUUUUCCCAUUUUACAGAAACAUUUAGCUGCUGUCCUGGAAAAAGAAGAAAAAGUAUCGAUGUUCGGUAAAGAGGAACUGAUUGAGAUACCAGUUGUGAGCCCUGCCACUCAGAUGGUGCUGAAGGGGUUAUUCAUGGUUCUCUUGUAUCUUUUUAAAGAUAAGAGCAGGUUUGCAGACGACUACAAAGUUGCUUUACAACAAACUUACACCUGGAAUGAAAACCCAUCUGAUGCUUCAGAGACAAGUGCCUUCUUUGCACGGCCCAGGCGUAAAAAGAAUUUGCGGCAGAAAACUGUAGUCCACAUGCUUAAUUUUUGGUGCUUGAAUCCUGCUGUGGCUUUUUCUGACUUAAAUGAUGUGAGAACAAUUGUUCUGACAUCUGGUACACUCUCUCCAAUGGAUUCCUUUUCUUCAGAGCUUGGUGUGAAGUUUUCUAUUCAGUUGGAGGCAAAUCACGUUAUCCGGAACUCACAGGUUUGGAUUGGCACCAUUGGAGUGGGCCCUAAUGGUCGGAAGUUGUGUGCCACGUUCCAACAUACAGAGACCUUUGAGUUCCAGGAUGAGGUGGGAGCACUUCUGCUCUCAGUGUGUCAAACAGUAGCUCAAGGAAUUUUGUGCUUUUUGCCAUCCUAUAAGCUGUUGGACAAAUUAAAAGAUCGCUGGAUGCAUACUGGCUUAUGGGAAAAGCUGGAGCUGGUGAAAACAGUCAUUGCAGAGCCUCAAGGAGGGGCAAAGAGUGACUUUGAUGAACUGCUUAAAAUAUACUAUGAAGCAAUAAAAUGUAAAGGAGAAAGAGAUGGAGCACUCCUUAUAGCUGUUUGCAGAGGAAAAGUUAGUGAAGGCUUGGAUUUCUGUGAUGAGAAUGCCCGUGCAGUUAUAACCAUAGGUAUUCCGUUUCCAAAUGUGAAGGACCUCCAGGUUGAAUUAAAGAGGAAAUACAAUGACCAGCACAAAAAUACAAGAGGCCUUUUACCAGGGAGUCAGUGGUAUGAAAUUCAAGCUUAUAGGGCUCUGAACCAAGCCCUGGGAAGGUGUAUAAGACAUAGGAAUGACUGGGGUGCUCUUGUUUUAGUUGAUGACCGCUUCCGGAAUAACCCUAAUAAAUACAUAACUGGAUUAUCUAAAUGGAUUCGUCAACAAAUCCAGCACCAUGAAAAUUUUAGUAGUGCACUUGAAUCCUUGCGUGCAUUUGCUGUAAGGAAUCAGAAAAGCACUGAUGGUUCACCAGCAUGCAGCGGUGAAUCUCUCUGUGUACCUUCAAAUUCAAAAGACCUGUCUCAGUCCUCUCAGCAGGAGGUUCCAAGUGUUCCUGCAAAAAGCGAGGAGCAAAACUUGGUUUCAGAAAUUAAUUUUGCUACAACCAUCAGCUCACUUAGUCCUACAGCAUGGGAUCAGCCAAGUAACAGCGUGGCAACAUUGAAACAAAGUGGCCAGAAAAUUGACAUUGAGAGUCAUUCUCACCAUGGAACAUCAAGAGCAAAACAUAUGGACUGCACACCCCAAAUGCCAGCAAAUAAAACUGAGAGAGAAGAAAAGGGUUGGACUAAUGCUGAUAUUAUGAAAGAACAUUGCUGCUUUAAACCACUGACUUCAACACCUUUGCCUGUAGCUAAGAACUGUGUGUCCACAGCUACUAGCAAACACAAGAAUGUGGGAAGGGCUAGUGAAGUUAUUGAUGGUGUAAAUCAGUGCCAGCCCUCCUUAGUUUCAGAACGUGAACCAACUGUAUCAGAAUCAUGUUUGGAAACAACUGAUUUUUCAAUUAAAAAUGCUGAGCCUCCACUUGCUGAAGAGCACCCUGAUGAGCUACAGCUUCAAGUUGGGCCCUGCAGUGAGCUUCCUUCAGCAGGAGAGAAAUCUGAACUUUCAGUGUUAAACGUAGCUGCAGAAGCUGAAGAUGAGGAUGACAGCAUCUAUUUCACACCAGAACUUUAUGAUGAUGAUGAGGUAGAAUCUGAGGAACAGAGUAUCAGACCACUGGUUCCAACCUGUAAUACAAGUGAGAAUCGGAUUGAAUGUGGCAGCUCUGCAGUCACUGAUGAUCUUUUUGCAAUCAACACCUCAGAAACACUAAGUGUGACUAAGAAAAUGGUUGAUGAUAAUGCUGGCAGAAGCACAAGUUUACAUGGAAUAAUGCAAAAUGAGGAGAACGCGAAUAGUGCAGUUAAUAAUGUAGAGAUGAGUAGUGAGAUAGAAGCAAAGCAGAUAGGACCUCAAGAGAUGGACACCAAAAAGCAGAAAAUCAGUCUUUCCAGAUCACGAAAUAAAGGAUUGAAAGUUCAGAGGCAACGCAGAGGAAGAAAAGCUGCAGUUAGGCACAGUUGCUACACCUGUGAAAGAAAGAAAGAAACACCUCACCAGCCUUGCAAGAAAGGACUUUAUUGUAUUGUCUGCGGAGCUGAAAUACUGCCAAAAGCAGAGGGAAUUUUGAGAAAAGCUUGCUGCAGUAAUAUUGAACUGAAAAUAAUCUGGAAACUCUUCAGAAAUACUAGUACAAGAAGUAAAGAGUCCAUUAAUAAUUGUAUGUGUGAACUAGAUGCCAGUUCAGAAGGUGAUAAUACGAUGUUGAUCAUCUCAGAUGCUGCAAGCCUUAGUCAUCUGAAAGAAACUUUGGCAGUUUAUCAGAUGCCAGUGAAAAGUGAAGACUUGAAUGCCAGUUUAUCUUUAAAUGCUGUUUGGAAUGAGAAGGAAUAUUCUCUGACGAGUUACUUACAAUGCAGGAGCUGUGUCAUUCAGUCGAUUUCUCCAUGUCCUUUGAUAGGAGCUGAGGUUAUUCAUUUCAAUAAUAAAGUACAGUCUUGGGUCUGGCUGCUUCCAUCGUCUGUUCGUUACUGCUUACUGCUGCAGAACACUCAAGAACUGAAAACAGGCUAUUUAGAUUAUACUUUGUCUUAAAAGUUUUUUGCUGAUCCAUACCACAUAUUCAUCAGGACCAAUAGGAAAGAUAAGUAAAGGAGUUUGUUAUUUAUUGCCAGCUCUGAUAAAGCUAUUCUUCAGUCCAAGUGGAACAGCAGCACAAUCUUUGUGUAUGAGUGAUGGGAAAGAGCUACCCGAUCGCAAAUUCUGGGUCCAUUGAAGUCAGUGGGGUUCUGCCAUUUGACUUCAACAAGGCAAGGGCUUCACCAUGUUUAAAAGAAAUGUUUCACUGGGACUAUUGUCUGAAUGCUGGUAAACACAUGAUUUUAAAAUCUUCCUUUUCACAUUUGAAUGCUUGUUUACUUCACAUGCACCUCAAAGUAAUUUGAUAUAAAAACUUCUCAUCAGUAUGAUUUUAUUUCAGGUUGGGUUUGAAUUGGUUCCCUUUUUCAUUUCUUGUGUGUUUAGAGACCCCACGUGGCAAUGUCUGGGCUAAAAACAUGGUGGGGGAGUAUUCAUAUAUUUUGUGUUGCCAGGACUUACACUGAAUUAAAGAAAAACAGAAAUGGAAACAUUUGCAUUUGUCUAUGUAAUUAAAAAAAGUCAUAUAAAGUUGGGUCCAAGGUCGUGAGGGUGUCACUUUAAUGAGCAGAAACCUUCACCUUUUUUGCAAGCACACCAUAAAUGGAGAGGCAUACAUGUCAUAUCUACCAUAUCGAUGUCAUGUUAGAGUAUGUAAAAAACCCCUCUAUUUGUCUUAGGAAAUAUCGAAAACUUUUAUAGGGAAUUUGGAAAAUAUUUUUUGGCUAGCAUGAAAGGUAAAAUCCUGCAGCACAAAGUACAGACAUGGGCACAGAGACUGAACAGACGGGCUGCUGUAAAACAACCAUUUAAUAAGGCAUUAAAAUGCCAUCGACUCGGACACAUAAAAAAAAAGCUAUGAAAACAAAUGCCUUUCAAAUAAUUAGGAUCUUAUGCUUGAGACCAGUGUUGAUCUCCAUGCAGAGAUUUUCCUGCUGAAAUCAGACCAGUCUAAGUCUGAUCGUCUAAGGAAGGAAUUAGCAGCGUAUAAAUCGGCUGCUGCUUGAGAUUUUUCUGUUUCUGCUGUACAUAGCCAUUCAUAUAAAUGGUCACUUCAGCCUUUCUAUCUCCUCCUUUCUGUUUCAUAAAGUAUUUUGGAAUACAUUUGAUUUAGUAUGCCAGGAUAAUUUUCUGAUUGAAUCUCAGAUUUCUAUCAGGAGCGUGUGACACAGUUCAAUUACUUGCUUUUAGCCACACUGGGUGGGUGAGUCUAAGCCAUGCUAACACAUGCAGCCAGAAAUAGCUGCAGAACUCAUUUUUGUUCUUGCAAAUGUAGUGUGACUUUGUUUUCACUUCAGCUACUGUACUUGCAUUGGUUUUCAGAUUUAACACUAGUUUGUAGUGGUAGCUGGUGUGUAAAGUAUAUCAAAUUGUUGUAUAAGUUUAUCCUUGAAUGUAAUAAGAAAAUUAUUCCAGAGCUAUUUAAUCAUCUAUAAUACAUACAAAUAUAUUCGAAUUGGCCAUUCAUGUCUGUGUGCUUAAGUUAAGCCUGGGUCACAACUGUCAUGAUUAGCACAGCUCAGAAAAGCUACACUGAGCGUAUUUGGAAGGGUGUGCAUCUGCGAUAACGUAACUAAUGUGAUAACAAAAAAUAAUAGUGCUGCUGUCUAAGAGAUGAGAAUCAGCUUCUCAACUUGAAGUUGGAAUUUAAUGCAUUUUAUUACAAAAGCAAUGUUAAAUGCAUAUUGGUUUUCUGAUUUAAUAAUAAAGUUACUGGUUUGAUCUC